UAUCCUGAAGUCCACAACCUACAUUUCAUUUCAGAUGGCCCAACUUCCCAGUAUAGAAACAAAACAUCUUUCUAUCUAGCCUCCACUGUGCCCUUUAUGCAUGGAUUUGAAUGGGUGACCUGGAACUAUACUGAGGCAUCACAUGGCAAAGGUGCACCAGAUGGAGUUGGUGGGGCCUUGAAGAAUCUUGCGGACAGAAUUGUUUCUUAUGGGACCAGUAUUCCUGAUGCAGACUCUCUGUAUGAGCAGCUGAAGAACAAUUCAUCAGUGACUCUGUACAAAGUAUCAGAGGAGAAAAUAAAGGCCAGCUGCGAAUUGGUUCCCCCCAACCUGAAAGCAGUUCCUGGGACACUGAAAAUACACCAACUGACAUCCACAAAACCAGGAGUCAUAAAUACACGGGAGGUGUCAUGCUUUUGUGGAAAAAAUUGCCAGUGCUUUUCUACAAAUUGCCACAUGUUCUCUGAGGGAAGAGAUGAGGACCCUGACAGAACAGAGGCCACCAUAGAGGUUGGAAAGUGGGUCCUGGUUGAAUACGAUGGUGACUUGUUUCCUGGUACAGUCACACAGAUUGCUGAAGGGCAGUAUGAAGUCGACACCAUGAAUUGUGCCGGGGAGAACCGCUUCUAUGUACCAAGCAUCAGAUUUCCAGGAGAAAGGGUCUGGUACUAUCGUCAGGACAUACGGGACAUAAUCCCAGAACCACUUCCGGUCACCUCCUCUGCUAGACAUUUCUGCAUUUUACCUGACAUAUGGGCAAAACACAAGAAAUGCUCAUGAAUGAGUUACAGUUGA